CAGAACUUGGCAAGUCAGACAAGUUGCAGACCGGAGAAGGCGUGAACGUCGCGAUUAGCGAAGCGUUUAUUAGCUUGUAAGAAACCACAAAGCCAAAAGGCCCACCUGCGGUGAUAAAUUAAGAUUGAACCAGACUCUUUGAAUUGGUUGACAUUCAAACAAAUACAGAACCAAAUUGUCAAAUCAGUGGUUAUUACCAACGAGGCCUAACCGUCUUCCGACAAUGAGCAAGACUGCGUUGCUGCUCAUUGUGCUCCUCGCCGUUGCCCACUUGACGAUUGUAUGCCGAUGUGAAGAUGAAGAAUACGAGGAUGGGGAGAACGAGAACGACAGCGACGAAGAGGAGGGAGGUGACGAGGAGGACGACACUGAAGUCAAAGAGGAGAACGGAGUGCUGGUUCUUACCGAUGGAAACUUUGACACUUUCAUGGAGGGCAAAGACACCGUGCUCAUUGAGUUCUAUGCGCCAUGGUGCGGCCACUGUAAACAGUUUGCACCAGAGUAUGAGAUGAUCGCGCAGACCCUAAAGGAGAAUGAUCCCCCCAUCCCGGUAGCGAAAGUGGAUGCCACCGAGGCCAAGGACCUGGGGAGCAGGUUCGAGGUGUCGGGCUACCCCACCAUCAAGAUCUUGAAGAGAGGCCAACCUGUGGACUAUGAUGGAGACAGGACGCAGAAGGCUAUCGUGGCUCGUGUCCAAGAGAUCGCGCACCCUGACUGGAAGCCUCCACCUGAGGCCACACUGGUGCUGACCAAGGACAACUUUGAUGAGACGGUCAACAACGCCGACAUCAUCCUGGUGGAGUUCUACGCUCCGUGGUGUGGACACUGUAAGCGUUUGGCUCCCGAGUACGAGAAGGCGGCCAAGGAGUUAAGCCGGCGCUCGCCGCCCAUCCCCCUGGCCAAAGUGGACGCCACGGUGGAGAACGAGGUUGCCUCCCGCUUCGACGUCAGCGGCUACCCCACCCUCAAGAUCUUCAGGAAGGGCAAAGUGUUCGAGUACAACGGGCCCAGAGAGCAGCACGGCAUCGUGGACUACAUGGGCGAGCAGGCGGGGCCUCCCUCCAAGCAGGUGCAGGCCGCCAAACAAGUGCAGGAGCUUCUGAAAGAUGGCGACGAUGCGGUCAUUGUUGGCAUCUUCUCCAGUGAGCAGGAUGCGGCGUACGAGACCUACAUCGAGGCUUGCAACUCACUCAGGGAAGACUUCACCUUCCGUCACACCUUCAGCGCCGAGGUGGCCAAGCUGCUCAAAGCGUCGCCCGGUCAGGUGGUCAUCACUCAGCCAGAAAAGUUCCGCUCCAAAUAUGAGCCAGCCUCCCACGCUCUCCCAGUCAAGGACUCCACAUCGGUGUCAGAUUUGCAAGAGUUCUUCAAGAAGCAUACGAUCCCUUUGGUGGGCCACAGAAAGCCGAGCAACGAUGCCAAGCGCUACGCUAAAAGGCCGCUCGUUGUCGUGUACUACGGAGUUGACUUUAGCUUUGACUACAGGAAAGCCACACAGUUCUGGAGAUCCAAGGUGCUGGAAGUGGCCCGGGACUUCCCCGAGUACACGUUUGCCAUCGGCGAUGAGGAAGACUACGCGGAGGAGCUGAAGAGCCUGGGCCUCAGCGAGAGCGGCGAGGAAGUCAACGUCGGCAUUCUGGCCGACGGCGGUAAAAAGUUCGCCAUGGAGCCCGACGAGUUUGACUCUGACGUGCUGAGGGAAUUUAUUAUGGCUUUCAAAAAGGGCAAGCUGCAGCCCAUCAUCAAGUCGCAGCCCGUGCCGAAAAACAACAAAGGAGCGGUGAAGGUCGUGGUGGGAAAGACCUUCGACGAGAUCGUCAUGGACACCCAGAAGGACGUCCUCAUCGAGUUUUACGCGCCUUGGUGUGGACACUGUAAAAAACUGGAGCCAGAGUUCUUGGCUCUGGGCAAGAAGUACAAAGCCGAGAAGAAUUUGGUGAUCGCCAAGAUGGACGCCACCGCUAACGACGUUCCAAACGACGAGUACAAAGUCGAAGGCUUCCCCACAAUAUACUUUGCCCCGAGCGACGGGAAACACAAGCCUGUCAAAUUUGAAAGCGGUGACAGAACAGUGGACGCCUUGAGUAAGUUUUUGGAAGAGCACGCCACAAAGUUGUCACACGCACGAGACGAGCUUUGAGGAGAUCACGUACGGACUCCGAACGGGGCCGGGGACAACCCCAACAGUGGCCCACGGACACGCGGGGAGGUGAAGGGAACCAAGCGCCAGUGUCAAAGUGUUACUGAGUUGCUGUGAGGAUUACGGAGUUCAUCCAACAUUUUCGUUUGUUCAUUUGUUUCUGCUUCUUAAAAAGCAUGUGAGCUUCUGAGGGUUUUCAAAUAAAACAAAACGCCGGCGACGUGAGCCGAGG